GCACUGUCCAGCUCCACCGCCGCCGCCGCCGCCACGAGUCCUCACUGUCUGGAUCUGUGCUAUAGAUAGACGGGCUUCAUGCCACACGCCGACAGGUUGCAAAGGUUGAGAGUUUGAUAUCCACAGUUUUUGUUUUUUGUUUUUUUUGGCCUCUUUUUUUUCUCCACGUUGUUUUUGGGUCUUUUUUUUCUCCUCUGCUUGGAUACUGUUGACUUCGGCAUUGGAUAUGUGCACACAGGAUGGUGACAACCCCUUUCCUCCCCGUAGAAGUAAAAUAAAAUAGGCUUUCGCACAACUCUGGAUUUACUCCUGUCAUUCCAUAUGAAGAAGUCAAAAGUAAGUGCUCGUUUUUACUUGUUUUUUUUCACUUGAGGAAAUAAAACGUUUCCUUACAAUUGGGUGACGCAGAGAAGCGGGACACGCUGCUUACAAACUUUGACACUAAAACACUCCAGAUCAGGCCCGUUUCUACUGAUAAUUAUCUAUUGAUCAUGCAUUGUGAACGUGGUUUUCUAAGACGCGUGUUCCUGCAGGAUCGGAGCUGCUGCGCUUCCGUUACUGCCAAAAAAAAUCCCCCGAGUUUGUCAAGGCUGCAAGGUGCUAAACCUGCGAGAAAAACACUCCACCUGUAUGGCGUUUAUCCAGCUUCGCCUACAUCCGCGUUUCGCAUUUUCCGUUAGCAGAAAAGCGAUCAGUCAGCCCCGGAUCAAUGAGUUUAAAGUGACGGCGCCAGUCUGGCACUUGGGUGUCCAUUGCUGGGAAGAUUUGGCACCGUGCGUAACUGUCUCUAAUUUAGUUUUCAGUGGAAUGUGAAGUUUGAGGGAUUUAUGCUUUAAAAACUAGUGCAUUUGCAUUGCAAGAAGAAGGGUAAGAGAGUUGUUUACCUCUUAUUUGUCUCCAACCUUAAUUUAACCAGGAAGUCCUGUUGGGAAUGAAAUUUCUUAAACAAGAGGAACCUGAAUAACAGUGUUUGUCCGGGAUGUAACUCCCUAAAUGACCUCUGCAGUAGUGUUAUAAUGUCGUUUACAUGCACAGUUUUUCUUUGUAAUUAUCAUUCUUGGUCACUAAAUGAGGUCAGGGUGUCAGUCUGCUCCUCUGACCAUGCUUCUGUUUGUAACCUGGCUUCAAACUGACUGGGAACCUUUCAUGCAUGGGGGGGGGGGGGGGGGGUCGAGUUUUCUUUUCAUCCACCUCCUCACCCCCCAUCUCAGGCGGCCCUUCAGGUUAUGCAUCAGCCCGCUUUACAAUCAGAGAGACUCCUGUCUUUUGAAAGAUGAAGAGGCUUCAGGGCCAGCUUAACCUCCAUCCCUGCGAGCCCACCCCUCACAUGGCCGACAUUAAGCCCUAUGAAAAAAAUGAGGCUUCUGUUUUCUAUCAAAGACAGCCAAAGCACUUACACACAUUUUUUUUCUCGCGCUCUUAACAAGAGUUGUCAUUUUGUCCCUGGGGGGUGCAUGAAUGCCUUUAUUAUCCGUCUAUAUCAGCAUGUGAUUGCCUUAUGGUGACUCUGCAUUCAACAGAAACACCUCCUUGAAAUGUCUUCAUUCUUGACGUAAAGAUUCCUUGCAACACUUUUUUUUUUUGUUACCAAUCCUUGAAAAUGGUUUACAAAAGGGUAUGUGCAGGUAAAAAGGUGUGUAAACCUAAAUUAAGGCAGGUUUAACCUGCAUUACAUCCCCAAGGCUGUUUGACUGAACCCUGCGCAUAUCUGCCUAUUGACUAAUCUCUGCCUCACUCUGCGUGGAAACUCGAGCUCUUUUAAAUUACAGUAUUAGGCGAAAUGUCAACAUGAAAAACAUAUUCAAGACUGAUACAACACAGGAUGCGUGCGUGUGUGUGUGUGUGCGUACGUGUGUGUGUCUGCAAAUAGAAGUCUUUGAAGUCUCCAGGAGGAAGGGUGGGCAUUUCAACAGCCUUGCUUCUCUUAAUCACAUUCAGAGCACAGAUUCCUUUUAUGCUUUUUUUUCAUGAAGUUGUACAGUGAGAUGUGCUCUGUGCCUGGCAACGUUAAAAUACACCUUUCAUCUUCUUAUUGAGUGUCCCUGCAGCAGCUCAUGGUGCUCCCCACUGUCACGUAACCAUGUGGAGGUAGAAAGCCGUGGAUCUGGUCCUGUUUUUCCAUAGGAGUAAUGCGGUUUUUUGUUUAAGUGUGCGGUGUGGGGGGGGGGGGGGAUAACUCAUGUCAAGAUUGAACAGAUCCUUUUUUUUGUUGUUGUUGUUUUCAUGGUUUCACUGGCUUUUUGAGUUUUAAAUAGUUCAGAAUGGUUUGUAGGGUUUCUUUUUUUAAAGAUCAAUUUAUAACCAGAAAGAAACAAUCACUCGAACUGUGGGGAGUUCUUAGAAAUGCCCUGACGCAUUAGGUGUGUUUGACAGUGCGUCUGUGUGUGUGUGAGAGAAAGUGGGAGAACUCGUCUGCAUCUUUCCUGAGCGUUAGGCGCCAGUAGGGAGCGCUAGCUUUCUAAUGCCGUCACGGAGAUGGAGCCAAAAGCCACCCAGGUCUUUGGGCUGUGGGAGAUGUAAAAAGACACAUCCUGUCGGCAGCACUCUCCUGUCACAUCCUCAGUGCAUUAUUUACUGCUUAAACCACUGGGAUUUAGCUGGGGGAGCUAUUUUAUAGAGAAGAGGAUCAGGGCAGGUAAAGAAAAGCUCUAAAGAGUAGGAUGUUUAGACACGCAUGUGGAGCCAAGCUGUAACAGAGGCUGUAAAUCCACAGAUCAUCACUUCCAUCGAUGUUGCGAAGGCUUUACUGAUACAUCCGCUGACUUACAGAGGUGAAAUAUUUGGUCUUUUCACAAGAAUUUAUCAUCCCUCUUUUUUUUUUAAGUGUUUGCAGAUUAUCACAGAUCAGGAGCUUGAAUCAACAUCGUAAAUUUAUACUACCACAUGUUUAGCUGGAGCUUACCAGAGGUACUCACUUCAGCGUGUGUCUGAAACUCACUCCUCUGCAUGCACAGCUGAAUGAGGCGCAUUUGGUGGUAAAAAAAAAAAGAGACUCAUAAAAAGACUUGAAUCUCUUAAUCCCAGGUUUGGGUUAGAUCACAAUAACAGCAGGAAAGUCAACAGAGCAUUAAACCAGAGCUGCUGCUGCGGCUGCUGGUGCUGCUGCCGCUGUCAAAUCAAAUAAUUACAUCUUCUUAACUGGAUCCAACAGUUUCAAAGCCACAUUAAAUUCAAUCUGUGUUUCAGCACUCUACAAUUACUGUCACACUUAGAAACUCCACUCGAAGAAAUUAUUGAUGGCACCCAACUGGAGCCAAAAUACCGUCCGUAAAUUUCCUCCUUACAUUCUUCUCAUCAUCAGCAGAUAUUUCAGCCCUGAUUCAAAAAAAAAAAAAAAAAAUGCUUGUUUUUUAACGCUCCUUAUCUUUUAGACCCUAUGACUCGUGUUAUAAUCACUGUUUAUGCCCGGCAGCACGUCUUUCCACAAGUUAUUCAAUUUGUAUGAAAUAAGAUUAUUGCGUGUCUGUCUAAGAGUUUUAACCCCGAGUGAUCCAGAUAUUCCACUGACAUCCAAGACUCUUCUUAAAGAGUUGAAAUCAGCAGCGAGUAGAUAUCACAGACUGUACAUCAUUUCAUCGACAAUUUCUCACAUAUAUAACGAAGAACCAACUGCAGUUACGCAAACUUGAUUUCCAUAGAAAUCACUUCUCGGGAUUUUUCAGUCCCCUCGCUGAUUGACCCAUCAAAGUUUGUUAUUCGAGCUCAUCUCAAAAACUAAUUGAAUUCCUUUGGAUAUGAGACUUAAUUCUUGGAAGUCUUGAUUCCUUAUGGGUUUUGUAGGAAAACUCAACAUGUCUGACAUCCAGACAUUUAAAGUAGGGCUGGGCGAUAAACCGAAAAUUUACAGAUACCAAAAUUUAAGACAAUGACCGAUGUCAUUUUGCCGAAUAUCGUGAAUAUAUUUGGUGUCAAAAAUAUAAAGAAAUAGAAGUUGGUUUUGUAUGUGUGUAGGUAGGCUAUGGUCUCAUGUCCUUUUAAGACGCUGUCCUACGGUGGAGACGUGACUCCACCCCAUCCAGUCUGUAACAAAGAGGGAAAGACAGGUGAGGAGAUGGAGGAUGAAGUUAAUAUAGUAGGGGGUGAGCAGUUUGUGGAGUAGUUAUCGUCCAUUUAUCGUUAUCGAGGUGAACUGCUCAAUAUAUGGAGAUAUUGAUUUGAGGCCAUAUCGCCCAGCCCUAAUUUAAAGUUUCUUUCACACUUUAGAGAUUCACUGUGUUUUUUUGUUUCUAAUGGAAAAGGCAGAACGGUCGUUUGAGGCAACUGGUAGAAAUGUAUAAACUCACUGUUGUUGUUGCACGCAAAGCUGAUGUUUGAUCAGGAAUGUGGGACUCUUACCUGAUUUGUAACACUCCGUUUCAAAUGGAACACUCGGAAGAAAUAGACCUUUUUUUAACACAGUUGUCUGCCAAAGAUAUAACUGCAUAUCAGUCUGCUCCCCAAGGGCUGUCCUUAAGAGUCAACCUGAGAUGACUCGAACCGUAUUUAAUUCAGCUCUGCAAUCAUCCACAGGCAACAAGGUUGUAGGCCUUUACAUAAGUCUGAAAGGGCUCCUUUAUAACACAUAAAUUUGUUCUGUAUAGGCCUUCCUUUCCAAAUAAAACAAACAAACCAGUCAUUGAUAUGAUUGAAAACACUUCACUGUUAGAUUUAGUAUUACUCUGGUGUUCUUAAACGUGGAGCUGAGCGGCCUUGAGCACAUGUGAAGGUGCUCAGAUUUAUUUUAGGUUUGAGUUCUUUCUGUAAUCAAAAUCGAACUGAUUUUCACAGAUUAUUGAUCCACAGACAAACAAAACUUGACAAGACAAGUUUGAUAUGCAUGUCCAGAAUCUGCCGUGAGUAUUUUAAAAACAAUGUAGACCAAUGAAGUGUAUCAGAAUAAAGGCCAGAUUGGAAUAAAGAAGCGUCAUGUAAACAUGUUGAUCGGAAAAUUCUGAUCCAAUUCGGCUCAAUCAGACAGAAAUUGUACUCUGAUCGAGAUGGGUGGUUUAUGCCGAUCAUUAUUCCGAAACGCGUCCGUGUAAACACCUAUCCCGAUCAUGACUCUCUAGCCUGACUCGGUCUUCACUCUUUAGCCUUUGGUUUAUUUAUUGAGGUCCGUUCAGGAGGUUUCAUUCAGAAAACUGAUGACUUCAAACAAGUCUCAAAUGUGAAAACGUUUUCAGCAGAUCCACUAUCCGAUGUCAGGCAGACCUAACUGCACUCAUCUAAACCCCAAUCCCUCAUGUGGAGCCUCGUUCAGUAACGAACUACUCAGAAACGUCCACUUUAUUAACUUCGACCAUGUUUGUUUGUUAUUCUGCUCUGUGUGGGCUAUGGCUGCGAGUCCGUCGCUCGCGCCUAUCCAUCAACUUGCAUUUAUCGUAUUUAUCAUGGAGGAUUUUUCUAAUGAUAUAUCGUGAAUGAUAAUUUAUCAUCCAUCCCUUCUGCACACACAGUACAACCUUUGACAGAACAGUAGAAUAUGUAAGCAAGGGCGCCAUCUAGUGACAACAUUUAACGGGGGGAAACUCCUAAAUCGGAUGAAGUGAGCUACUACCGCGUUUGUUGGUUUGUUGACACCACACACGUCGAUACAACUCUUCUUCUUCUGCGGUUGUUUUAGCGAAAUUAGACAACUCUGCACCAAAUGUCCAAAUACUUCUGAUCUGAAUAAAGCUCGGUGCAUGUAUAUGCUAGCCGUGAUCGGAUUAUUUGAUUUUGCGGAUUCAGAUUUUCUGAUCCGUCAAAUUUUUAAUCGGAUCAAGAAAUUUUGCACAUGUGAACAUGGCUAGUGUCUCUCUAACAUUUGCCGGUUAUAUACAGGUAGAAACGAUGAAACACCGAGAGUAGACAGCAAGGUUUGACCCUCUGGCCCACAGCUGGUACUUUUGGAAACUUUUACAAAUGAGCUCUGUAGGUUGAUAAGAGCAUUUGGAAAUGCCCAAAACAUAAAUAACGAAGAAUCAAACAGUCAAAGCUUUAUAUGGGACAGCUAAAUUUGAUUUGACUAACACAAUUUAGGCUCAGGUGUAACCCUGUUAUCGAUGAGAUUGGACUUUCCACUCAUCAUGAAACAGUAAAGGAAGAUUUGCAAAAAGAGGGAGAUUCACAGGGAUGAAAGGAGGUCUGGCAGAUGAAAAAGAAACCAGCGAUUGGUUAGAAAUUAUGCAAUUCCGUUUCCUAGAGCUAAGAUAUAUCUUAUUCAGAAUUUAUCAGACAUCACAACAAUGAAGUCAGUGGUUUUUGGUUUAUUCUAGGAUUAACUUUUCUGCUUCUUUGCUGUUAGUCUCAUGUCGUCCCCUGAUGGGAAAAAGAGAGAACUACGAAGCUCAAACCACAAAUCAAACAUGAUUUUCUUAGCAAAUCCCAGGGCUUCUGUUUUGGCAACAAGUUGUCGGAGGGCUGUUGCAGGUGCAACUCCUCUGUGGUCACUCAAUUUCACGCUCAAUCUAACCCAAACCCUGCAGUUGCAUAUCUUUCCAUCAAUGUUAUUUAAAGGAAAUAUACAGUAAGCUCUCUAGAUACUCUAAAUCCUGGUGUUUAACUGUGGCUGAUCCCUGUAAUGUUUGGAUCUAGGGACCACCAAGAAACCAUCCCUGAAUUCAUGUUCGAAGAAUGUCAGAGGAGGCCAUGUGUUUUUGUACAAGUGAGAUUUUUUGGGUAUAUAACCACAAAGGCUGUCGGAGGAGAGGAAACACACUGAAAGAGCUUUGGGAAUUAAAAAAAAACAAUCUUUAUGGAUCUAUGAACAGUUACGGCGGAGGUCUGCCUGUUUAGCUGUCAGAUCCUGGAAGCGGUCGGCUACAUGGUGAGCAGGAAGUUCAAACCGGAGGCCACAGUGAUUUAACUAAAAGCUUAACAGUGUGUUGCAUGAUUUAUGAGCAUCGUAAAUCCCUCUUCAGUUAUCAGUAUGGAGCUCCCUUUGUAUUUUUUAGUCUAAUGCUGUGAGCACAUAGCAAGUUAUAGAUUUGUGUCCUGUCAACACAUAGAUGUCUGGACAGUUAUUGAUAAUUAAGCCAAUCAGGAGCUUGUUUCAGUAGCUUAAAUGUGAUAUCCUGUUUUGCUGUUUUAUAUCCUCGUAAAUCGAAUAUCUUUGGGGUCUGAGGUGUUGGUAUGGUGGUAAAAGUGGAAGUUAUGAGCAUUUUUAAAAAGUUUUCUAACACAGCUGCCGUGUCGGGCAGGUGGCAUGCAGAAAAAUACCCUUAAAGUAACAUUUCAAAGAAAUUAAAGAGCUGUAAAUUGAGUGACUGCUGCCACUUCAGCAGCUUGUGGUUCAGAGUCUUAUAGAUGGAAAAGCCACAGGUUUCAGUCACAGUUAAGAUGCAUGAGCAGCUGGUAUUGGCUUUUUUGUUUACUAAAGAGUCAUCCAGCAGUGAGCACAAACAGCUGUUCCUGUUCUGAUCACAUAAAAAUCUUCCCACUGUAUUCUGGUGUUCAUCUGUGGGAAGAUAGCUCUGGUUUUCCUCCACAACCAAAAAAACUCUGACAAGCAACUUUCUGAGACGCUAAGUAAACAAAAUGCAGAACGGGAGAAGCAGCUGAGAGGUGAAAGGAUCUUUCAGCGUGUCGUGACAGAGCGGCCGGGUGGGCUCGCCCUCAGGCACUGUCUUAAUAGGGUGAUGUGACCUGACUCCAGGUGGUGGCCAGGUGUUGAAUAGCUCAUCCGGAGACGCUGCUGACCAUAUCCAAGGAGGAUGCCGUCUUUUGUGUCUCAUUUCAUGCAACUUCUCCAGGAUUUAUAGUGGAUAUUCAUCAUUAUAUUAUCAUAUGUAUCUAUGAAAUUACUGAUCAGCAUUAUAAGGCUCCUUUGAGACCAGCAGGAAUCAACAACACAGUUUAAAUUUACCACAUUGGUGGCUCUUCUCAGUUAUGUAGUUAGUCUUUUGUAAUCACGCCUCCCUGGAAAACUAUUUUUUAAUCAACUGUAUCAACUAUAAAAGUCACUCUUUGUUUGUCCCUGAGUUGAUAUUUUACACUUUCAUGGCUGAAACAUCUUUAGAUUUUUUUUACAGGAAACUUCAAAUUGAAGGUCUUUUGAAACGUUUAUUCACGUAAGGCCUCAGGAUGCAACAUCAGUGUCAGGACUUUCACAUAGGGAACUGAGUUCUACUAGGGGUGGGAGAAAAAUCAAUACAGCAUAGUAUUGCGAUGUUUUGUCUAGUGAUAUAUCGUAUCGUCUCCUUUACCAGGUAUCGAUUCUUCAAUUUAAUUGUUAAUAUGAAGUCAAAUGAGUUAGGUUGGCAGAGGUGACACCAUAGAGCAGGAGAAAGUUAGUGCAACAAAUAUUUAUAUGUAAGGUUUGCAAGAUGUUCUACAUGAAAAUAAAAUACAGUUGACAAAAUUGUAUAAAUCACAGUAUAUUGGAUCGCAACACUCGCUGUAUCGCAAAAUGUUAAAAAUCGCAAUAAUAUCGUAUCGUGGCCCAAGUAUCGUGAUAAUAUCGUAUCGUGGGGCCAUUGGUGAUUCCCACCCCUGAGUUCUACCAUGUUCGGCAUGUUCCAUCAUCAGAGUCACAAACAAAGUCUUGCCAUUAGUAAAGUGAUCUGACAGAGGAAUUUAGCCAAUGUAAGCAGCUAUUUUUAGAGUCUCAGUCGGCGAGCUUAUUAAGGAAACAAAUCAACCAACAAAAGAUGUCAUGGUUGGGGUUGGAUGAUUUGUUUGUCAUCAGCGAUGAGUAAUCUGUUUUGUUUCUUGUAAGUGCCCCAGGACAAUAUAAUGAUAUCUUGCUUUGAUGAUGAGUUUGAGGUAUUUUAUGCAUGCAGGACCUCUUACUAUUUUUACAAGCACAAUGGCUUAUCCCAGUGAACAUCUGACUCAGAGUGUUUGCUGCUGGAGGGCAUUGAGAUGGCUUUGAUUUAUUCCAACGCUCUUGGAAAUCUUCAUGCACAACUGUGCGUCUGCUUGUUAGGGAAACUGUAGUUUCCACAUGAUCAGGUAUUCUUGGCUGGAUGGGAAGUCACGUAACGCAAUACCACACAAAUGAAAGUUUAACGAAAGACAAGGCGCAUUAGUCAUCACAGACAUUCAGGAAACAUUAGAGAAGUGGAUGUUGGUUUGGCUUUUACUGAAGUGCUCAAGGCUUAACAUCCUCAAAGCUGACUAUUGUGGUUUCAAGAUGUAAAGUCCUGGGAUUUUUGUUUCAGGGUUUCACUUUUCAAAAUAAGUUAAAACCCUCACAGGUGCGCUCCUAAAACUGUGUUUUCGACUAGUUAUAUUUUGUUGUUAUGGUUCCGAAACUUUUUCAUCUCCCUAACCCUAACCCUACAAAACAAAGGAGAGUCCAACUGCAUCCACUUGUCCCUUAUGGCUCCCUGUUCAAUUGUUAAGCAAAGAAGAUGAUGUGAAUCAAGCUAGAGGUUGGGAGCAGUGAUAAAAAUUCCAAUUAGCUGACUAGUUUAGAUGCAGAAAAAUUACAAACAUAGCUUAACUAAACAAUGUAAAAUUGGUUUACCAAGUGUGGCUAACACCAGCAGAGCUAGCACCACCAGCCCUUGGUCCUCCCGGCAGGUUAACAUCCACAUGCUUGCGUUGGCUACAUGUUACUCUGGUUUAGAGGUUAUGAACCAGUUUCACAUCGUCUACGGACAACUUAAUCUCAGUUUUCUACAUCAAAACCGCACCGUGCUACAAGAUGCCUGCAAUCAUUGCCUGUCUCUCCACCCAGGUAGUUCAGCAUUACAACAACCUGCCAUAAACCAUGUCAGUAAUCAUCACCUGGAGCUACAGCCCUGGCUGUUAGCAGACAGCUGUCCUACAGCUUAGACACUACAUAUGAUCAUCAUUUCCAGCUCACGAUAAUGAAAAAUAAGUAUGACUCUUCGGAGUGAGACAAUGCUACUCAUCUCACACGCAGGAAUCUUCUGUAAAGGGGGUUUUAAUAGUCGGAUAUCAGAUUUAGACACAUUUAAAAAAAGCUGUCUUAAUAACAUAAAUAAUUAUAUACUCGGAUAAGAGAAGUAGCUAAAAUGUUUAUCUGACCAUUAAAAAGUGCCAAAAAUACGCAUCUUGCUCUAAUUUUUAACACUUAACCCUCUACAAAGGGCAGAGCAGACAUAGUUGUUAAGUGAAACGGACAUAGGGUUACUCUUUGAGGUCAUUAUUAUUUCCCAAAACAGAAGAUGGAAGUAAUAAACGCUCAAGCAAUCCAGAUUUCUUCAUUUCUUAAUUAUCCGUGUUUAGCUUUGUACCUGAGCCGUACCAUCUGGAGGGUGUUACACUGAUCAACAGUCAUUGAAUGUGCAAAACUGCAAAAAAUGUGAAAUUUAAGAUUAGAGAUCAGCCCGAUCAAGGGAGUUUGAUGAUUUUGCAGACACAACAUAUAGAUUUGAAUAGUUCAGUGGAAAGUUAAAGUAAACACAUCUAUGAAAUCACCAACACACAGGACCGAACACAUGAUCCCCCCCUGGCAGUGCGAACAAAGAACCCAAUGUUCAUUCCCAGCUUAGAACAAGAAGUCAUUUUUGGAAAAGUUAUCAUUCACACAAAACAUUAUCAUUUAGACUGAUGUGUGACAGAAAAGUACAAGGAAGCUUUGAAUCUUGGAGGAGGCAGGAAGAAAGGUUUGUUUUUAUUAAAUGGGUGACACUCUUUGUCCAAGAGUUGCAUUCACAAAGAAAAUAAAAGCACAAGUCCAUUCCCAACCUGCAAAAAUGGGUUGAAAAGACGUUGUAAAUACAUCUUCACCAUACAUCUGAACAACGUUUAGAUUUUGACUGUCUAUAGCCCAGUUUCAACGUCUCUUUUGGGCUAAAUUACGGCCACGAUGGGCCGCCAUGAUUUAGCCUGAAAAAAAGACAUCUAAAUGACGUCUGCUGUUGUUUGGUCUUGUGAUAUCUAAGCCAACAGCAUAAUCCAUUAAUCAGAUACGAAUAACACGUCCACAUUCUCCAACCAAAGACAUGCAUAUUUUCAUUUCAAUCACAAGAUCAAGACUUCAAAGUUGUUUUUUUACUCAACGAAUCUCACAAAUCUUCAUUUGCCUGUGACACCAGCAUUUUUCAAUCAGACUUUGUGGUUACAUCAUUUUAUUAUGGGUUUGACAUUUUCAAGCAUUAGACGCCUCGGGUUUUAACGGGUUUGAGAGGUAAAUCAGAGAACUGGUGAAGGUUAACACUUGGCAGAGUGACCAUCAGAGCCUGUGACUCUGAGUUCUUCCUUGUUUUAGCAAAAUUCCCCCCUUGAAGUUUGUGCAUAUUAACCAGCUCUGUCCUCAAUUAUUUGCUAAGUUGUUGAUGUGUCUAUAUUAAAGGAGUCAUGAGAUCACAAAUAUGUGCAUAAUCUUGAUUUUUUUUAUGCGCUCAGUAGCCAGAUCAGAUUUAUUUUUUGAGUUUUAUUACUUGUGAUUAAAUCUCACACAUAAUUACAGCCAUCAUCUUUAACCAAGCAUCGAGACUCUGUUUGAUCUCAAACAAGAAAAUCCUGUUAGAAAAGGAAAACAAGAUAAGGUCACCUCUCUGAGCUAAAAAUAUAUAUGUGGGUUAGGAAGAAGAACUAUGUCGAUGCCUUUUAAAGUUCAACUCAGUUCACUUGAGUUGUUUCCUAGGUUACAUUUGAGGUGCUUUUUCACUAUUAAGAUUCUCUCCAGUGUAAUUCUCUCCAGACCACCGACACUAACCUGUGGUUAAACAAACGUCAUGUGGUUUACACCAUUCCUGAAAAUCCCAUGUAAUGACUUUAUCAUGAAAAGACAACUGUUGUCAGGUUGUAUGACAAAUCCUUUGAACCCAGAGCUUAGAACUUAUUGUUAGCCAUAGCUAAAUGUGGCAGCUUGCCCAUUAGUGUUAGCAUCACUGCCAUUAUAGGGAUUAACUAGUCUCAGCUCACAAGUUGUGUGCCUCUGUUUGUGCAGAUGGUUCUGUUAGGGAAAUUUCUGCAGCGUUGACAGAGCUGUACUCAGUCAUUUUGUAGGCCUCAUAAACUGCCCAUCAAACACAGCUCUCAUAUCAGUUUGUCAUUCAGAAAGGCUUUCAUUAAUGUCACGCUGUCUUCCUCUUGGUCAUCUGCUCUUCAAAAUUCAUCAUCAGCGUAGAAACCUGAGAUGUUCUGACAGAAGUCCGGCUCAGUCCUGGUGUGUCAUCUGUCAAACACCGAUCAACAUGCCGGUCAUUGAUGGUUUUGUUUUUAAAAAGGCAUCAGUAUGAAUUUCAGUCUGUUUAAUUACCAUCAAACUUCUCACAGGAGUCUUCACACAGUAAGUAGCUGUAAUUAAAGGUCAAAGUUCAGAUAUAAACGACAGGAAAGCACAACCUUUUUGUGUUUUUGGCAGUCACUUUUCAUUGCUGGAAAUUCCACCAAAACCCAUUUGAUCUUUUUUAUCUCUAAGUUUCGUCAUCUUGUAAUUUCCCUCUUUUUGUAUUUAUAUGCUGCUGUGAUUUGGGAUUUCCCCCUGUGGGACUAAUAAAGGAAUAUCUUAUCUUGUCUUGAACCUGUUUAAAAGCGGCGUUCACUCUUGGUGUUGUUGACAGAUGCUUGUUUUAAUCCAUUUUAUAGCUCAAUCUGGACGAUUUCAGAGCCGUUUUCUUCUUUCUGAGAAGUGUCUUUCUGAACCAGUGUGUUUCUGUUGAAUGCAGCCUAAUCAUCUGGCUCCUCUCCAUUACCUUGAAGUGUGCUUCUAGUGCCAGCAGACAACAGACCGAAUGUUCUCGGAUGCUAAUUUAAUUUACAUGUGGAGUUAGAGAGCUCUGGUCACUUUAAACCUGCUGUCUGGAAAUUGGUUUUUGUGUUCGGGUUUGCUCUUUUUGCCACCUUAUAUGAGCCGCAUUUCAAUAUGAGAUAAAAGCACUGGGAAAAGAGAGAAGAUGCUUUAUUAUAUUCACGGCAAGUGUGAAUGGCUCGUCUUAUCUCUCGUGCUUCGAAUACUGCGACCUGAAUUGUCAUGGAGUUCAUUCAUUAUGCUGUUAAACAUUGAUAAAUAUGCUCCUUCCUGAUUCCUGAGUCCUUCCUGAAAGAAGCAUGUUUUUUUUUCUUGUCAGUAAACAGCAUGAACUGUUGAACAACACACAAAGUAAUACCUGAUUUAAAACACAUCUUAUGGUUUUUGUAAGCCUUUAAAAUACUUUAGGGGACUCUUUGAAGUUGAGAACAGUUUGUACAUAUGUAUAAAUUUUAUUCAUUUUACUUAUUUAAAAAAAAAAAAAUCCACACAUGACAAAAAUCAGAUAAUGGGAGAGAAAUACUUCAUUUAUUAACAUCUGGACACCAACAGCAGUCUGUUGUUUCCUCUUUGCGCUGCUUUUAUGUCUAAUCUGUCCCGUCUUUAAUCCUCAUUUUAAAACAUGGGAAGUAAUAUCACAUGGAAAAAUUCGAAACAAUGAUCUCAGCUGAAGAUUAGGAUAAAAUAUCCAUCUCAUACAAAACAAGCUGCAUGUUGCCAUGGCGGGCUAAUGUCAUGCAAGGCGCUGUGUUCAGCUUUUAUGAGAUUAUGCGGUUUAAAGAGGGCGACGAGGCCGGCGGUCUGGAGAGCCUGUUCAGCUAAUGAUGCCUCAGGUUCAAAGUGAUGAUGGAAAAUGAGAUGGGGGGGUUGUCAUCCUCGGCAUCAGUAUGACGGGGGAGAGCAGGAGAGCAGGCACUGAGGGCCGUAAUGCACCUGACAAUGAUGGAUAAGAGGGUCUGAGUUUGGAGGAUUGUACCUGACUUUUCAACUUUCAGUCGAGUAUGAUGAGCUGGUUUUCUGUUUGGAGGAUAAAAGUGGAUAAACUGCUUCGUUGAGGACACAGAAGUCGUCAUUCUCAGCGCCCUAGACUGUAAUGGGAACUAUUUUCAGCUUUUCAUUAUUCAUUGUCACAAGGUCACUCCGAGAGUGUUAGGCAAACAUAAUAACGAGCAAGUUAAAGUCAUCCGGCUUUUUCUCUCCGCAGCCGUAUUCUCCAUUGAUAUGUUUGGCUUGAGCUGUGUUGUUGGGAGUCAGUGAGCAUUUUUGGAGCGUGUAGGAACAAGAUCUGUUUGCUUUGGAUGGGUAUAUUUUAACAGAGAUGUUUCUCAUCUAUAAGCUUGUUGAAAUAACCGCUCACAACAAGACAGGAAUCAAAGUAUCCUAAUGUUCACCACACAUCAUGUGUGAAAAUUAAGACUCGAGAAAGAGUUCAUUCCUACGUGGCCUGGCUAAGUAAACACAGGGUUUCUGUCUGUGGUCAUGAGGCACAUUUAAACAGUUACGUACAAUAUGUUGCAGCUUUGCUCUUAGAUAGGGUGACCAUAUUCUGUGAAUCCAAAGAGAGGACAUGAGUACGCAGGGGGCGGAGUCAAGGAGUCACGCAUAGUAAAUUUUAAGUGUUUUUUACGCGCUUCUAACUCGACACAAACUCAAAACUGCCUUAAAAAAACAGGACAUUUGAAGGAUUUUAUAAACUUGGACAGCCCCCCAAAAAGAGGGAAUGUCCGGGUAAAAGAGGAAGUAUGGUCACCCUACUCUCGUAGGUAGGUUUAAAGAUUAAAAGUUAGGUUGCUGUUCAUCUACGGCCUGUUAAUCAUACUAUAAAUAUAAGUAUUCCUUGGUUUUAUCCUAGAUUGCCAUUAUUUGUGGAAUUUGUUUAGAUAUUUGGUAAAAACUAUGGAUGGGCAAUAAUUUUUGAAUGAUUGAAUAGUCAUUAACAUUUAGAAAAUCAAAUAGUUCAUGCCACAAUGUCUUUUGUUUUUAACCCCCCCAAAAUAAACCUUUUACUGGCUCCUCCAAAUAACGUGAUAACACUAAAUGUUGCCCCAGUUAAUGCUGCAAAUCAUACAAACGGUAGGAACAUGCAGGGAUUUACACAUGCAUCGAGAAGAUAUGUGCGGAGCUCCUUUGAAAAAACAUAAUUAGAAAUAAAGUGCAGCGCAAACUCUGCAGGGUUAAACUAGCAUAUCAUAAAAGUUUGCACUUCCAUUUCAGAGCGAGGCAUGCAGCAGAAAGUGGGGCGCUGUCCGCAGAUCAACAGUUAAUGGCAAAAUUCAGUAGCGGACGCAGACAUGCAGAGCAAAUAACGAUCUUAGAAUUAUUUUCGAACAGUUGCCAACGAAUAUCCAAUGGUGCUUUUCCUUGAAAUGCCCAUCCCUAGUAAAAACAGACACUGUGUACUGAGAUCUUAAAGUUUGGUGGUUUAAUUUUGAUGGAUAUGAUAACAAUUAUGCAUAAAGAUAAUUUAAAUCCCCAUUUCGAUAAUGUUUCUUUAAGCCCAUGAAGUUGGUUUGAUUGGAUACACUGAAAAAAGCAUGGCUUAGUGUAGGAUAAGUUCCUGUAAUCUACAGUGAUCUACUGCCUGCAGCAUUUAUAUAAUACCAUCUCCUUUAUAUUAAUGUUCUCAUACUAUUCAAGUAUAAUCCAAUGACUGCAUUAAAGCUGUGACUAAGCUUGUAGCUCCAGCUGCAACUCAGUUAAAGCUUCCUGUGGACUUCUCUCUUUAUGGCAGCUCAGUGAGGGGGUGAUGCAUAUGCAUUAGUUUUGAUUACCUUGGAUAAACCACAUUGACUCGGACAUCUUGAGAGGCUCAGAUACCUGAGGUAAUCAAACUUAAGAGCAGCAAACAUUAUUAUGCUGCAAAAACUCAAACCUUUUUAUUUCAAGUUAAAAAAACAUCCCAUAUGAGCAACAUUCACCAACCAAAUCCAAAUAAUCAUCUUGUUUUAGGACAUCACAAGCCAAAAAUAAGACUUGAGUUGCUGAUAACGAAUCAAAUCACCUGCCAAUGAGGUAAAAUAAGAUUCAUAUGUUGUCUUAACAGCAUAGUAUCGCUAUAUUUUGUCUAGCGAUAAAUCGUAUCAUCUCUUUGACCAAGUAUCUUCUUUUUUUUUUUCAAAUUAGUUGUUAAUUGUUAAAUGAAGUCAAAUCUAUGAUAAUGUAAAAUAAAUCAACUGUUUGUCUAGAGAGAGAUGUGCUACAUGAAAAUAAAAUACAGUGUAAAGAAGACAAACAUAUAGAAAGACAAAUGCUGAAUUAGCUGAACAGUUGAAAAAAUGGUAUAAAUCACAAUACAUUGUAUCGCUAAACUCACUGUAUUACAAAAUGUUAAAAACCGCAAUAAUAUCGUAUCGUGGCCAACGUAUCGUGAUAAUAUCGUAUCGUGGGGCCACUGGUGAUUCCCGUCCCUAUUGUUUUAUAAGGUGAAUACAGCCUAUAUUCAGUCUAACAUGGUAGUUUUCACUGUAAAUGAGACGUUUGCAGUGUACAGUGAUGACGAUGAUGUUCUCACAUGGCAGGAGAAAGUUUGACAAAGUCCAAGAGAAACCGUCUAGACAGAUCGAUGCGCUCAUAGCCGCAGGAGUGCGGAGACUUGCUCAGUCAGCAGCAGAUUUUGUGUGAAAUAUUGAGUGAGAGGUCUGCACGGUGAGCGAAAAUCAAGCCGAUUGAACAAAAUAAUCAAAGUGUAGCGGUCAGAGCAGUGAUGCGUGUUACUGAGUCAAUGGAAAGGGAAAUGAAUCACUUUCUUUUUUUAAAAAAAACAGGAGGAGGAGACGUGUGGGAAAACAUGAAGUGGUGAUAUCCAUUAAACCUCCUUUGGAGUCUUGCCUUCCAUAUCAUAUGAUCAAAAACUACAAGUCCCUGGGGGCAAAGUCAAGAUCUAACUGCAGAUAUGUCCGAUCUAGACUAUAAUAAGAAUAUAUAAUUACUUGUGAUGCUCCCCCAACGCCAAUCUGCUCUCCAAAUGUUAUGAAAAUCUGUUGGUAAGUGUUUUAGAAAAGCCAUUUGUCAGCACCAAGAGCUCCCGUGAGAUCAAAACUCACUUAGAGUGAAACUUCGCCAUCAGUGCCUUUUAGCUGGCUGUGAAUCUGUCUCAGAAAGACAUUUACUGUCACCACUCUACAUAUCACAUCCUGCUGUGUUUAUUUGGCCCCUUUAUGUUCUCUCAAAAAAGCCCCACAGGGAUGACCACAAGGUUUAGGAUAAUAACGACAGCGCAGCGAUGCUGUUUGACACGAAGGCAUUAGCAGCCACUACCUAGUGAUUCAUCACUCAAACAAACUUAGCAGGGAUAAAACAGGGCAGUGUCAGUGAAAGUGUUGAUAGAAAUCCCCAUUCAUUGAAAGCAGAUGCGGUGAAAGUGUAUUUGAAGCUAUGAAGUGAAUGUAAACAGACAACCCCGCUGGUUUGUAGCAGCUUGAAGACAGAUUUUAAAGCUCCAUCUUUAAGUCUUCAGGCAUUAAAUCAACCGUGGACAUACAUCUAAAGAGCCUCUAAGCACAUGUUGGAACCAUUUUUUUCUCCUCUCAAGGGUCCCUAGCAUUUGUAACAAGCUGCUUUCUGGUGUAAUUCACUUUGCUAUAGCGCAGCAGCCUCUGCUGAAGCACUACAAAGGCAGCCAGGCAAACACAUGUCAGAUCAGAGUAGACGAAAACAGGUCAAUAUGCUUGUCUCUCAUUCGAUAAGUCUAACUGCGAAAAACUAAGGCAUGUGAGUGACGUUAAUGAUAGAAUUAAGAGUGCAUGCAGGGUUUGAGACAUCCCAGAAUGUUUGUAUAGGAUUGUUGGUUUUUUUGCGAUCUGUGUUUGGAUAAGGGCUGAGCGAUUAACCGAAAAUUUACCGAUACCAAAAUUUACGAGAAUAACCAACAUCAUUUUGCCAGUAUUGGUAUAUUCUGUGUCAAAAAUUAAAUCAAUAAAAGUUUGUUUUAUAUGUGUGUAAGUAGGCUAUGGUCUCAUGUCCCUUUAAGACACUGUCCUACAUCAGAGACGUGACUCCACCCCAUCCAGUCUGUAACAAAGAGGGAAAGACAGGUGAGGAGAUGGAGAAAGUUGUAGCAGCUGAAGUAGACGGAGUUAAUGUGGGAGGGGGUGAGCAGCUUGUGGAGUAGUUAUCAAUUUAUCAUUAUCGAGGUGAACUGCUCAAUAUAUCAUAUUGAUUUGAGGCCAUAUCGCCCAGCCCUAGUUUGGAUAGUAACAAAAACAUGAUUUGGUCUAUGUUCCAAAUAUAAAAUGCACUUUUUGGUAUUUUUACUAGAUAAGGUCAUGCUGCAUAUCCAGAGGAGACGGUCUUCAUCUCAAAAGGUCCCAUCCUCCUGCUUUAUGUCUCCCCCCACUCAUUGGAAAUAAAAGCAUCACCCCACCCCUAAAAUAAAGACGUAAAAUCUCAGGUCUGCUGUUUCAGAAAGAGUUAAUAUAAAGAUUCAGUGAUUGUUGUGAUUUCUGGGCACGGCCUCCUCGUCUCUCAUGUUAUUGUUGGGUGAUGUCAAGCUGCUCUUGUCGUAAAAAAAUUCAAGUCGCUCGGUUUUGUUUCAUGGCUUGGCAGGUGUUCAUCAAACCAGUACCUCAUUAAAUAGUUUGGGGUGUGUCUGGGUUUUAUUUUUGCAAGUCAUGCUACCAUAUAUGUCGAGAUGCUCAUUUAAAAAAAAAAAUGGAGUGGCAUCUUUGUGCAUCUGAAUGGAUUUCUAUCCUUUUUAGCAAGAAAUAAACCUGCAGUGCCGUAACUUUUAGGCAUUUUUAAGCAUUUUGAUGACUUGAAAAGUGUGCUUCAUUACGAUUGAACAAAAAAUAUAAUCAAUGCAUUUGUUCGGUUUUUAGUUUGGGAACAGAAUGUAAUUUCAUUAAAAAUAAAAAGUUCUGCCCUACUUGAAAAACAGAAAGAAAGGUUUCCCAAGUUCACAUAACCUGACCUGAGCUGACUUGUUCCCCACCAACACACUGUUAAAAUCUAUUAAGUUAAAUAAUGUCUCCGAGGGUAAAUGUCAAGUUUUGCACUGCUGAACAACUUGUGCGGCCACUUGCAGACGCCUGACCUGAUGUACUGCAGGGUGUCUGGUUUUAUUUUCCCCGAACAAAAGAGCUUCCUGACAAGCAGAGGCUGCUGCAUCGGUGAUGAAUUACACAUUUAUGUACACAUUCGGCUUUUCCUAAUCUCUCUCCUCAGACGUUGCUUUCUUAACGUCCCUGCUGGCUAUGCAAAGAUGAUAAGUUUUGUGUAUCUGCGAGAGCUCGAUGUAAUUGAAUAACAUCCCAUCUAACCUUUUACACGGACGCUUUUCCUUCGGCCUUUUCCUGCUGUUGAUGGAUCAUUGUUUCCUUCUCUUCCUGUUGUGGCUCUGUUUGACAAAUAUAUAGCAACAGCAGGAACGUGGGUGUGGGACUUUGCCUCUGAGAUCUGCAAAAUGACAGACCUUUUAAAUCUCAGAGAAAAUGUAGGCGGCAGAAGUAUGAAUGUGCGUAACUGUUGCUGCAAACAACAAGCGUCGGACAUCAAACCGUUGCUUAAAUAAACUAUAGAACACAGUCCUGUUGUACUGGUUAAAGUUCCCCGAGAUUAGAUGUGGCUCAGCUCACUAUGAUCUUUUUAUCCCUCUCACUGAGUGCUUUUUGUGAAGCACUCAAAGCUUUAUUCACAAAAGUAGAGGUUCACUUUCAAAGUUGCAGGAUUGUUUUGGGUUGGGUUCUGACCCGGCUAAUCCCUGUUAAGAGGCGAAUUGUUGCUCCGUUGCAUAAUAUGGUCAGAGGUGAGAGGUUAGCCAAAUAAACGGCAACUGUUAAUUCGCAGCGAGACAAUGCAGCUUCAGUCCUAUCAAAGGCCUGCAACCAUGGGAAAACCUCACACGUCCUCAUUUCUUCAAUUGAUCUGAUGAGUUUCCGCGUGUAUUUACGCACGCAGUGAUUCAUAGUCCUGUCGUCUUUACAUUCAUGCCUAAUGACGUGCCAUCCCUCUGGAACAUAUGCAAGUCCAACUUCAAAAGUAUUUUUUUGAAGUUGUGCAUUGUUCCCAGCCUUGUUUGUUUGCCUCGCAGUCUUAUUCGCCGCCUAUCUUGGCUCAACACUUUCUCUGUUGGCGCGUUGCCAUCACCAACUGUCAAUCUGCAAAAUAGCUUGAAACCAAAAGCAGGAAGUCGUCCACGUGUUUGUAUGAUUCUGUCCUUAUGCGCAUGGCUGACUGCUCCAUUGUGUUGAGUGGUGUAGAUUUCAACGGGACAGAUUUUUACAUGUUCGGCUGUUAGUUGCAGGAACUCUAAAUAUGCAUAUUAGAGUUGAACAUUGCAUUUCUGACGACAGUAAGGUCAGAGCAAACUCUGAUUUCUUACGACUGAAUGAACAGGCACACACAUUCAGAUUAACAGUUGCUUUUCAUCUUGUGUAAACACAUAUGAUGGUAUUUAAUAGUGUCACAAUAAUUGCCUGCAAGUCCAAACAACAUCAACUGCUCCAACAGGACAGUCACUUUAUCUGAAGUUUACAUUUCUCACGGCACCAAGAGCGGGCAAAAAGCCAGCGUUCGCUUCAGCGGCUGAGGACAGCUCACUGGUGGUCCGACACAUGCAGGUCUGACCAGUUCAAGCUGCUGGUUUGUCAGUUUCAAGCUGCUUCUGUAACUUCUAUGAAAGGAUCUGCAUGUUUACUUUAGCAGUUGGGUUUUUAUUUGAAGUCCUUCACUUAUGAAUCUUUUGAGUCUGCCUUUAUGUAGAGGUCUUAAACUGGGAUUACAACUGACUGAAACAAUACCAAAGAUUAUACCCCCCAAAAAAACUUCGAACACCAAAUGAAAACACAAAAUCAGAAGGAGAAAUCCAGAGUUGAAUUUAUUUGAAUUGAGUCUUAAAAGGUUAAUUAUAUUUGCUGUGACUUUGGGCGAGUUUAGCCUUGUGGUUAAAUCACGUUUUCCUUGUAUAGAAGGAAGAGUCUUGAAAGUGAGGUACAAUUCCAGCCUGCCCCGUCUUCUUUAACAACUUCUUUAACUUCUCCAACUGGUUUGCUGAGUGUGUUCGACUUGAGCAGAGCUAGAACCACCAGCCGUUAGAAGUCUACAGGCUGUCAUUCACAUGUCAAAAGGCCACUGAAACUGAAGACCUGACUGGAAGGGGGGCGGGUGGUUAGACAAUAGAUAAGACAUGAAAAAUGACCAGCUUUUACACUUUACAAUAAUAACGAUAAUUAUAAUUCUCUCAACCAAUUAGUAAUUCUGGUGCCAACUGGUCAGGUUGAUGAUGUUCACAAGUUCAGUCAAUUAAAUAUAAACAUCCCUGGUUGAGAUUUUUAUUAGGCUUGUACCGAUUCCGAUAUCGGAAAUUGCUCCGAUACUGCCCAAAAUGCCGGCACCAAUAUCGGCGAGUACUGGAGUCCAGGCACCGAUCUGAUACCACACAAUUUAUUUUAAUAAUAAUAAUAAAUCUUAUUUAUAAUGUGCUUUUACAGGUGCUCAAAGAUGCUUAAAUUAGUAUUUAGACUACUACUUAUCAGACGCUUAAAUUGAUUAAAUUAGUAAUUUAUUUACUGGUUAGUUCCGUUAGCUCUGUUCUGUUUAAAUUCACUUUUUUAUUCAAAAAUAUUUAUUAUUUGGUUAAAUUGAAUUUGUUGUUUUUUAUUUGUGUUUCACAAACGGUUUAAUCCAGACCACAAUGAUAAUUAUAUUACAGUCAUGCAGGCCUGGUAUAAUUUUUUUUUUUAAUAACAUACUGGUAUCGGAUUGGUUCUUUGUAUCGGCAGGCGCAUCGGACUCGGUAUGAGAGGGAAUAUCAGAACAUCUCAAAUUUUUCAUGUGAAUUUUCUUGCAGUAACUUCUGCAUUUUGUGUGGAAUAAAGAGUGAUUAUGAAAUGACAUUGGACCAGAGACAUAGCUUCAGUGUUGAUUCGACCAUCAAAAGGCCCUAUAUACUAUAUUAUACUUUAAACUACAACACAAUCCAGUGCUGGCCACCCAUUCCUCUGACCGGGUUGUUAUGUUACAGUCCACAGACAGCGUUCCGCCCUCUUUUUGGCAAUUUUGCAGACGCUGCAUGAUUCUGAUUGUCAUCUGUGCUUGUUUGUAUACUGGUAGUGGAGCAUUAUAGAAGUAUGGCAGUAGAUUAUGACCUCAGCUAGAGCCUUGCAUUGUGGCUGAUGGUUGUGCUGUUUAGACAUACAAUUCAAGCAUUAUUUCAGGCCUUCAAUAAGAAAAAUACAUAUUCUUUUGUUGACUACUAAUGCUUUAGUCAACUAAACUACUAAAUACUUUUGAGUUACAGAAUUUCUGCAUCGAUAAAACUGUGUAAAGCUAAAUUGCUAAGAGCAUGAAGCGAUUAGGAGCAGUAGAGAAUAUCAACAUGAAGCCACAAUACCUGCUGCUGCUAUAUGGAGGGUGUGCUGCUGAAUGCACUUUUGCUGUAAAGGAUCUGAUAUCCAGGAUCAAUUUGACAUCCCCAAAAUAACGAGUCCCAAAUGUAAACCUCUAAUGGAGAAAGCUGACAGCCACAAAUGCAUUUGGAUUUGGCGUUGUGUGCCUCUGAAAGUGCUUCUCGUGCGAACAGUUGUGUUUUAUAACAGCUACAGACUGAUCCAGGACAGCUCUGACCUUGAGCUGAGGUUGUUGGAAAAGUCAAAGCAACACUCGCUGUACUGUUCUCGGUAAUAUUGCUGUGAUAACUGAUCUAUCUUGUAAACUACUAUGUGUGUUGUGUCUUCUUCAGAUACAAUUAGGCAGUACACUGAACUCCACUCUUCGUUUUAUUGCCAGCUACGCCUGUAAGCUGCUGUAAAAUCUCCUUCACUACAGAGUCUCAUUGAUUUGCUCCACUGAAGGAGCAGCUUUGAACUUACAAAUGCAUUCUGUCAACAUGCCAACUGGUUGGAAAAGAAAAUAGCUCUUAGGUGUGACGGUGUGUCCCCAGGUCUUUAUACGUCAAACAGUUCAACGAGCCGUAAACCAGAUUUGAUUUGUCUUCUGCUUUAAUUAAACUGCUACAUGAUAUGUAACAAUGACAGUGCAAAUUAUUUUAAUCAAUAUUUUUAAGAUAGAAAUACUCACGCACGAUUUGUGUAAUUCAUUAUCUAUCGUAAGAGGAUCAUGUGUCGUCCCCGCUUAACUCAAAGUUGUUGUUUUUUAUCCUUUACCCACAGAUUUGGAUACGGAUUUGUGUCCAUUUACUGCUGUUCUUCACACUUGGGGUGCAUUCAAGUAAAUUUGACGUCAAUCCAGUGACAGAUGACAUCUCAAGACUCUCUAUUUUGGUAAGGACAACGCUCUGAUCUAACGUCCAUGAAAAGACCUUGUUUAAGUGUCAUUACACACUAAAUAGUAUGAAUUUAUAAAGUCAUGCUUUUUCAGGUCUAAAAAGACUUUCUUUGAAAUUUACUAUCUGUUUCUGUUUUUUUUUUCCAGAGACAAAAUAUUCCCAAAGACUACAAAAUUCCUGUACAUUACGUGUCAAGAGAAGAGGUAAGAUAUUGUGCUGACUGCCCUACAUAUGUCACGAGCAAUUAUCAGCUCUUUCAGUCAUAACUUGUGACUUAAACUUCACGAUCAUAACAGAGUUGUUAAAUUAACCAAAUUAACAUUUUGGAUUCCUUUCAGUAGACACGAGUAUUUUCAAAAAUCUGGUUCCUUUUACUAGUACUCACACCGUAAUCACAUUGACACAAGUUGAGCAAGAGGAAGUCCAUAUUAUUCACCAAUUUUGGCUCGCCUUCACAUUCUGAUGCUUAAGUUUGUCAUGUCUGAGGAGUUCUCAAUGUGAAAGUGAAUCUAGGACUCAAGGACUGAGCCUUUCUCUACUUAUCACCCUCCCCCUUCUUCUUUUUUUAGUCUGAUAAUCACUUAAUUAUUUUUCAUCCGACUGUACUUGGAUUAAUCGCUGAAGUUCAUAUCUGUUUUGUUUUUCUUCUUCUUCUUCUUCUAGGGUGGGAUGUGUUGGGUAAAAUUAAACGUCUUCUACUUGGAGGAGAGUUUACAAGAUUUAGCGCAUAAGUUUGGAAACAUUUCAUCCAACAGAAAAGAUAUUAGCAUAUUCAUCCAGAUGCUCCAAGAACUACGGCUCAACUUGGGGUCUGUGGUAAGUCUGUGCAGUAAGAUAAACCGAAUAAAACACGAAGAUGGCUUUCAGCAGCCAGUUUAAUAACAUGCAUGAGAUCCGAAAUAGCUCUGCAGAUACUAAUGCUAAUCAUGUGAUAAUAAUGUUGGGACUUUCACGUAUUACAGUACUUAAAACUGAGCCCUGGCUUUGAUGCUAGCAUGCAGAGUUUUGAGCUACAUGUUUGUUCAAAGUGGAAGAUGGAAGAAAUUCUGAAAAACACUUUUAGGCCAAAGGUAUUAAAAUCGCAUCUUAAGCUCCAGAUUUUAUGGAACAUGAUCAACAAUGUGCUGGACACUGAUUUCUCCUGGUAGGACCAAAAAGCCAGAAUGAAACAAAAAAGCGAGGUUUUAAAUCUUAACCAUUCGGCACAUGUUUCUCACGAAGGGUUUCCCCCCCCGACAACCUCGGAGGAACAUUCAAACCAUGUCUCCCGGUUUCCUCCAAUAAAAGUUAAUCAUUUAACUCCACUCUUCAAAGGCUGUCCUCGUUUCCUUGAACUGUGUUUUGUGUGUCUGCAGGAGCCGAUUAUGUACGACUUUGAGUGCCACUACAGGGAAGAGAGGUGGCCGACAGCACGGUACUUUGACUUUGUCAAAGACUUCCUCCUAGCUGCACAAUUAAGAGAGGAUUCAGAUGACUGUGAGCCUCCUCCCUGCCCCACCACUACACCGUACACAGAAACAACAGAAGCAUAUUCAACAGGUAAACAUUGACAUUUUAAUAUUUUGGUCCUUUAGUAUGUGGGCAGGACUUAACUGGCAAUAUAUGAAACUGGUUGAAAAGUAGGUGACAUAAAUUAAAUUAUAGAAAGAUCAUAUUUAUUUAUCUAGUCGAGUAAAAACUCAAAGAAUCUGGUCCCACUGCAUUGUUCAGAUUUUCUUUUAUUCCCAUGUCCAUGUGUACUGAGUUUGUUUGUGUGGUCUGGCUGUGUUAUUGAACAAAGCUGAAAUCACUGGAAAUGACCCGCCAAUAGUCCCUCUCGGUACUUGGCGGCCAACGGAUGUUGGUUUUCAGAUGAAAAAUGAAAAUCAGUGAGGCUCAGAGAAAGAAAACACAACUCAGUCUUUGAAUCUCUGUGAUGUGGCUGUAAACGUAAAUCAAAAAUCAAAACACGUGCUCGGAAAUCUUGUGUUUCACGUUUCAUUUACUAUUUAGUUGUGACCUGAAUGUUGCGACUUUGAGCGAGACUUUGGCUCUUAUUAGCAGAGAGAGAAAGAGAGAUAGAAGACUUGAUAAGCCAGCGUCAUAUCUUGGCUAUCUUACUUUCGGGUCACAGCAAAAAAAUGUAUGAAACUUGAAACACAAGAUUUCCCCGCACAUAUUUUGAUCCUCGAAUUCCAUUUAAAGCCACAUCACAGAAAGUCAAAUACUGAGUAGUUUUUUUAUUCUCUGAUUUUUAUGAUCAAAACGAAAAACAUAAAACAGUUUGCUUUCCGUUUUUCAUCUUCCAAACACUUCCUGGUCGAUUUUAUUAUUUUAUUUUUUAUUUGUAAAUGAAAAUCCAUUGGCAGCUAAGUAUUGGACCCUUCUCCUGCAGAUUGUUGCUUCUGUGUUUACUGCACCAUAACCUGAUGCUGGUCCAGAACUGUGAUUGCGUGCAGCCUGAGAGGUCACAUGUUUGGCUACUACCAGGAUUAAGUUUGGAUAAAAAAGAUGCAGCUCCAAUUAUUGUCCUUUCAUAAAUAUUUCACUCAAAGCUGUCACAGGCUUCACAAAGCAUGAGCUCAUACUUUCACGUCCAACUUUCCCACGUGUUUCCUGAUGUUUCUCUGUGUACUUGAUUAUAACUUACAUACAUACUAUAUUAGAAAUUAGCAGGUACAUUUGUAAACAAAAGUGUUGAAGUUAAAGUUAACUCAGGGUGACAACAUAGCCUGAGAAAACCUCAAGGGGACAAAACAGACCAAUUCAAGUCCUAAUGAAACCCAGACACAGCUGUGAUAUGUUCCUCCUGAAGAGAAAAGAUCUGCAAGAAAAACACAAAUAAAUAAAGUGUGAUUGACAUACUCUCAAGAGUACUCUGAGAACUCUUGUAAUUUUCUAUCUGGGGAUGUGAUGCUAAAAUAAACAGACCAAUCUGGACAGAGACCUCUCAGUUUGUCCAGCCACCGCCUGGACAGAGUAAAUGUUUUUGGAUUUAAUGAGUUUGAGGUCGGGUUUGUCUAUUCAUGUGGCGCUGGAAAGGUCGAGAUUUAACUUUAUAUUGACAAAUGCAGAAAGUGUGUCUAUAGAUACUGUAAGGUUGUGCUCUUUAAUGAAAGAGAAUUGUUUUUCACAUACUAACUCCUCAUGGUAAAAAGGAAGUUGAUAUUUAUUCAUGGGUGUUGGUGAUAAUGCGUAUCCCUCCCAUAAAUCCCUUAUGGGAGAUAAGAUCACCUGAUAGACUGCCAACUGUGUGGGAUUCGUGAGGAAAGGUUUCCUUUUAAGUCCUGAGAUAAUCCUCAAAAACAUGUUUUUUUUUUCACUCUUCUCACAUUAAUUGCAGCUAAACCGUCGGAUUUAUUGGGAAGCUUUAAAAGCUUAAAAACGAAACACAUGUUUUCCCAAAUACCUCAAAUCUUGCCAUGGAAACAAUUUUUUAAAUAUGAUUCAACAGCUUGCGGAAAGGAAAGUAAUCCUAGUGAGAAUGAUAUACUCCAAAGACCCGUGAACAUCUAAAAACGUAUGUCUAUUUAUGUUUAGAAAUAUGAGACCGCAGGGAUAUCAAAGAGUUGUUAGUGUUUUAAAUAUUCAGCCUUUUCACACAUGUCCCAGUAGGGCUCCAAGAUGAAUCAUUUUUAAAUCGUAAUCGGAUUAUUUGAUUUUGACGAUGUUAAAAAAGUAAAAUCGUCAAAUUGAUUUUCCUCUCUAUCAUGUCUCGUGCCUCCAGGCCAUUGUACUCUCCCCCUUCCUGCGGGAGCGCUCCCCAGUUCCCACACACACCCAUGUAAACAAACAUGGCGUUUGCAAAAGAAGGCGAUAAUGUCGUGGCUAAAUAGAACAAGAGCAAGUCAGUCAUGUGGAAUUGGUACGACUUCAUAGUUUUGGAUGAAGAGCAAACCACUCCCCGCUGCAAAGUCUGUCUUAAGGCGGUAUCAACCCGUCCACACGGAAAUGAAUUCAGGAGUAAACGCAAAACUUUUUUGUCGUAUCGGCAUUUCAGCCACACGAAAAACGGCAUUUCGGGUGACUGCGUAAAACCGUAAAUGACUACCAUUUCAUUUCCGUGUGGAUGUCGAUCUGCAUCUGUGGAAACGAUUAUGUGACACACAGCGAUAGUCUUUUAUGGCGAUGCACAUGUCUGUACUCUUCUUCUGUCUUUUGUGCAUUUCCUCAUCAACGUUACAGCGCCACUUACUGGCUUGGCAUAUGCACUACGUUGAUUUCAGUUGUUUCAUUUUGAGAGAUGGUAGAAAAACUUAUUUUCAAAGUGAAGUUGACACUGAAUAAAAACUCGAAAAUCAAGUUUUCAGAGAAAAAAAUCUGGAUUUUGUUUUUGGACGAAAUCGUGCAGCCAUAAUCUCACAGUUCUCUCACCGAACUGGAUGGCAGAUUUUAGCCAUUCGCUGUGGAAGGGUAAAAAGUUCUGCAAAGGAAUCCAAACCAUCCCUAUGGUCUGAUUUUUACGCUAGUGCAUCAUGACGGACGACGUUUCUGCAAAUCCAUGUGAUCGAAACAACUGAUGUAGGUCACACUUCACGCAUGUUUAAAAUGCAGCAACAUUCCAGUUACAAGCUCACUUUUUUUUGUACUAGAAAGAAAAAAUCACACCACCCUCUUUGGACUAUUGUGAAAGUGCCCUAUUUAGGACAGAUCUCCUGUGGCCAUUUCGAGAAGCUUUUAAUCCAGGAACCAUUAUUCCUUCACAAGAACUCUGCGAGAUAAAAACUGAAAACGGUCUCGGUGCGUAGACGGCCCAUUGAGACGUAGCUGAGUCACAGGACUGAGAGAAGAUGUCCCCAGGCGGCGCAUGUGAAAGGAAGAAAAGGGCCGAAACCUGAUUGUAUACGUGUUGAUUACAGAGCAAUCUUCCAAUCUUCCCAAGCGCUUGGCUUUUCUUUGCUGGAGUGGUUGGAUCAGAUCUUUUAUGUGUUGGAGCGGUAAAAAAAAAACAGUGUUGAGUUAACUUUUUAGCACCUGACAAAGGAAUGUUUUCAUCGAGCAGCACUAACUUUCCGCCCUUUUUUAUACCUCCUUGGACGUCUCUUCCCGUAACUCUGAACUCACCAGUACAUCAAAUCAAUCAAAUCUCUUCCUCUGCUUUGUCUCUAUCUGCCAGAAUCACCCACCACAAGCAGCAGUCAAGAAACAGAGUGUGCAACAGGCUGCAAAUCACGUAAGUUUGCAAUUCCCACUAUUUCUUGGAAAACAAAGUGUCGAGUCUGUGAUCAGGUUUCAAAACCAGCCCAGCUGGAGUGUCAAAGUGGCAGCUUUUGCCGGCUCCAGUUUUUGCCACAUUGUCGAGCGAGUCAGCCCAUUUCCCUAGAGCUGCUGUCACUCGAUUAUUGAUGCUCUGCAGAGCGAAUUCCUCUUCACAACUAAGGUCUCACGUCUUGUCUUGUUUGCCAUCCAAUGGAGAAAUUCAUUUAAAGUCCUUCUUACAUUUCAUUAGAAACAAAAACUAUGUGGAAUAAAAGAAGAACUGUUGUCACUGUGCUGAUAUUCAGACAGUUAGAUCAGUGUUUUGUCACAUGUAAGAAACUAACCCAUUAAAAAACAAUUCAUCUUGGUUUGUGCAACUCUCUGGUUAGACGACACGCUUGGAUAACAACAACAAGUUUACGCGCCUCUCAGAAAUGCGCCUUGCAUGUUUUUUCUCUCGGAUGCUUGAGGUCAGCUUUGCACAAUCACGUUCAUCUUUAGGGGGUAAAAGGGGAAGAGCUGAGAUGUGUGCAGACUGAGUGUUUGUCUCCAUCGAUCACCAUCUAUUCUGAAAGCAUCACCUGAAUUGCCUUUUAAGAGUCAGAUCUGUUUCAGCCCGGGUAUGAGAGAGUCACAAUAUCCACGGCUCUUGAGUUAUAGCGUCUUUUCCUCUGUCUUCUUGGCCACAGAUCAAGAACACAGUCCCCUGAAGGAGGUGGUGGAGCGAAGCCUUCUCUCUUUACUGUUCAUUCCACUCCUCGCUCUGGUAUUCCUGCUGGUGUGGAAGGUAAGUUGACCUUUGACACAAGACACUAAGCUGUUAAGCUUAUAAGUGGUCCAUUUUAUUGUCAGUAGAUACCUCUUUGUUCUUGGUAUUUAUGACAGCCGGUGAUAGCCUUUCAACUCUUGAGUCUGCCUUGUGCAGACUGUGAUUUGGUGAUUUCAGCUGGAGCAUUAUUAAAAAAAAAGACUUCCUAUCUUUGAACAGCUCCGGUCUCGGAGGAACGGGGACGAUCUUGAACAGAAUCCUGGAGAAGGUGGACAUUUCACAGGAACAGAAGGGACUGCACCUCCACUAGAUGCUGAAAUAUCAGAAAAGUAAGCUUCGUACCAAAUCACUAAUCACAUUUUGCCUGUUGAACAAUAAAAAUUGGCAAGUAUCAAAUGAAAAUAGACAAAAUUACAUUACUAAAAAGCACAUAAAGAAUAUACAGAAACGUGGGAAUGGCUUAAAAAACAAAAGUACAAAAAUGUGCAGAAGUAAAUAAAAUCACCGGAGCAGAUCAAAGUUUGUGAAAAGUGAGAGAAUUAAAAAACAACCUUUAAUUAUUACCUUUAAUUAAUUAACUCUGCCAUUUUAAACACUUCUAUAGAAGCUGAAUCCUUCCUACAGACAGUUGGAUCCUGUUUUUUUUUUUUCUUCAAGGUCAUGUAGGGAUAGAGGGUUUCAUCCUCCCUGACACGUACCAGACUAUCAGUGCUGCCAACAUUCGUUAAUCUAAGGAUAUCAGAUUAAUGCCAGGAAAAAUGCCAGUUUCCAGCUUUACGACAUCAUCUGUAUCAUAAAUCUUGAGGUCUAAACUGAGAACUUUUGCUGAAGCUUUUUGUUUUUAAACACAGGAACAAGUUGAACGCCAUCGAAACAGUGUAACUCUCCUACUCUUCAAUGUUGGCAGUGAAAAACUGGUAAGACUCUCUUUUUUUUUAACAAAUCUAGAUUAACAAAAUAAGUAAUCUUGUUUUUUCCGUUCAGUCUCUCUUAACACUUUUUUUUAAACUUUCACAGGGCUCUACUUUUUCUCCUGUUGGUGUCCAAAGGUGAUAAACACAAAGCUGAAUUCCAUUGUGAGAUCUCUAUACUCCAAGGCCUGUUUUUGACUGUUCUCCGGAUUAUAACAAAGGCAGAUUCACAGUAUGCCGUGAUUUCUCUGGUUAAAAACCCAACCUGAUAGCAUGUGGAUAAGCUCGCUUUUUUGCUUCUAAGACUGUAUUUACCCCAUGCUCUCGAACGGACUGAGUGAAACCCCCAAAACCACAUCCAAAAUGGAUCCUUCGGCUUACACGAAAUCAACUACCACAACCUGCUGCUUCAUUAACUCUUUUGGAGAAAACGUUGCUUACCCCACAGCAAGUCCCUGCAGUCUGCUUCUGUGUUUUUGGGGGGCCAGCCAGUUUGUCUUCAUUGGCAAGGCAGAGAGAGAGAGACUGACACUACAUAUCUCUGGAAUGAACUAAGGCACGUGUUACUACCUCCGGUGACCCUCAUGUUAACCACAUCCUCAACAACUCUACAGUCUCCUUUAGGUUUGGGGUUUCCCAGAGCAUAUAAUGUUGAACAUUGUAGUUCAAAGAUUAAGUCAUGUUGUAUGGUUUAGGCAUGUACCUGCAGAGGUGUGUGAUGUAUUUAUUUAUUGGCAGUGGUACUGAGCUGCUGCUUUCUAUACAAAUGAAAUGUUUUAACCAACAUUUACAAGCACCUUCACUAAUGGGUCACAUUUAAAGAACAACUUGUAUACUAAUGCAUCGUAAACCCCAAAAAACUCACUCCCUCCCAAGUUAUACUUUCUCGUAUGAUGUUGUUGGCUCGUAUGACUCGGGGAUUUGUGUUUAUUGCAUAACGUAAAAUAACUAUUACUUAAAUACCAAUAUGCUGCUUUGACUCGCUUUUACAUUUAAACCAAUCAGACAAGCAUCCUGCUUUCAAGUACCAUGGUUGACUUUCGUGAAUCUCGGAUGUUUCCGUGAAGAAAAGUUUCAGGUGAUCAGUGUCUGACCGUACUGGUGAAAGACAAAUAAAUACGCAUCCAAACCGAGAUAUCUUAUCCGUUGAACUAGUCAAGAAAAACGAGUGAUUUUGACCAGACUAGCAUUUUUUUUUCCUGUAGCGAAUGGUACCAUGGUCUUGACGUUAAAAAAGUCAGUAUUCACACUAACUUCACUUCUGUUCAGCACUAGUGUAGUGUCUGAUUAAGCCUGUGACACAGUCGGAAAAAGCAACUUCGCUGUUUAUCGAACCGUAAAUGCUAUUGAAAUUAGGAAUGGGCACGAUUAAUCGAUGAUGGAUUACUUGAUUUCGAUCGAUCUAAUGUUAUUUAAAAAAGGGCUGACAGCAAACGCCCAUCCUCCAGCUGCUUUCCAGCAAGGAUAAACCUCUGCUGAUCGGAAGGAGAGAUGCAGCAUUAUCGGGCUUUCGUAGAAAUCGAAAAACAAACAUGAAGAAAGCAAGACGAAGUGGAAAAAUGAUGAGGUUCGCUGCAAACACUGCGAUGUCGUGUACAAAUACAAGACGACAAAAACCCUUAUGAUGUACCACUUGAACCACAUACAUCAGACUGAGGUUAAUGAUUUCUCGGAGUGCUAGCAAGGAGGACAGUCCCCAUUUUGGAUGACCUGUCUUUGGCUAAAGUUGUCCCCGGAAAUGUCCCAGAUUUUAGCGUUUUAAUUAACAAAAAAAAACAACGAUUAUUAUGGUAGCCGGGCAGGUAGGAAGCGCGAGGGAGAUGGUAGCGAGCAGUGUUUAACAACAGUUUGAGGGGAGGUGGUAUUUUAAUGAGGAAAAACACUGUUUUAUUUGUGCGUAUUUUCGAUUAAAACAAUGAUUGAUCGAUUGAGGGACUUUCUUAAAAUGCCCAUUCCUAAUUGAAAUACUGAAGGCUUUUAUCAAUUCAAAAACAUCCGUACAAUCUGUCUGCGAAGCUCACCACAUAGAAACGCCACUCUUAACAUCAGUUUUGCCUUACAGUUGCGCCAUAACACAGUGUCAAUGGAAGUGCGAUGUCAUGUUCCCUAAAUCAGCUGUCGUGAAAUGGUGUGGCUUCGAAAGAGUUAGUCACAAAGCUUUGUGGUGAGUCUAAUUUUUUAAGUGUUAGAUUCAAGCCUUUAUUUGAAAAAAACUAAAAGAAAAAAAAGAAAUAAAAAUAUAUAUAAAUAACAAACGCAGAUGCCCUUACACCAACUCCUCACUAAACCACUCUGAUCUGAAAACCACCGAGCUGUGAGGGAAACAUUUUAGGAUUUGAAACUCCUUUAAAGCCUUGCCAAUUCAAUAUAAGGUAGAUCAAUAAUGGAUAUUAGGUUUUAUGAUAACAAUGGAGAUUACGUGACAAUCUGUUAAGAUGUCGGAAUGUGAACAGGGCACGCUGGUUGUGACCUUUCCCAUCGAGCUGCCAUGCUGCGAAUAGCUGACGAUGACAAAGUGGCAGAACAUAACACCUGUUUCUGUAUGUAGUUUAAGUAUUUCUAUCAUGUCUGUGGUCUUACAUUGUACCAUGUCCAUGCUUGGUUUUUGUGCCUUGUUUGAUUAGUGCGUUUGACUGUGUAUAAAUGUUGUAAGCCUGCAGAUUAAAACUAUCUCACCACAAAGACCUAACGGAUAAAAAAACCCACUUCUCUCUGUCCUUUUUGAAGGAACUCGAAACCUUGACAGUUUACUUGGCUCGACCUGUGCCCGAUUAUACUCCUAAGUCAGUUUUUGAGACAGCAGUACUUCAACCCUAUAGGAGGAAAAAUAAACUGCAGUGGUUGUGACAUUUCUAUCCACUUAUCACGUUAGCCUUUGUGACCUCUAGGAAAACACUAACUCUGCUUGUUUCAUGUGUAUUUUGGACUAUGUGUUGGGAAUUUUUCUUAUAGGAGACAAGAGUAAAUUGUGCUUUACUGAAUAUGUGUUAAAGGAAAAAAAAAAAAGUAUACCACAUUGGUGUUCAUAUAGUUAGGAGCAACCGUACUUUUCAGCAUCAAUGGCUGGAAUUCUUUGGUGUGGUUAAGUAUUGUUUGUUGCGUGAACUACGAGACAAUAUCAUCAUUCGAAACUGCAUUUUUGAAAAACGCUCUGUUUAUGGCUACUUGUUCCCUGUGCUACAAACGCAGUUUAGAGCUGACUCUUUGUUAGAUGAAAUAUACCACAUUGGUGUUCAUGUACUUAGCUGGAAUAUCUAAUACUACAAGUGUGGUUAAGUACUAUGUUUGAGAGCUUUUAGCUGAUUGCCUUGGUUCAAAAAUGCAAUUUUGAAUAAUUUAUAGCAGUUUAGACCUGAGACGUUUUCUUCAUCUUUAGAUUAGGACUGGGCGAUAAGAUCACGAUUUUGUUUUUUGUCAUAAUUUCUGAUCUGGAUCAAAAAAGAAAAUUCAAUCUGCCACUUUUAAAGAAAAUUUUUUAUUACUAUACAAAGCAAAUUAAAUAAGAUGAACAUAAGAAAAUACAAAAACCAUUUAACUCAACAGUACAACAAAUGUGGAUAAAGACUAAAUAAUACAGUGAACUAGUUUACAGUGGUUAGAGUGUUUUUGGUAUGCAAGACCCAAAAUAAACACAUGGCCCCUUCAUGGAUAAUGAAGACGUCCUAAAAUGUAAACAUUAGACGAUGUUGACGUAGACAAUUCGAUUGGUCGCUGCUUUAGUCUGGUGGCUGCACCGCUAGUUGUGGCUAAAAACAGAUGCUAAUGCUAUUAAACUGAUCUGUUGUGUUGCCGGUUUUUGAGGGGGAACCGAUCGCAGACAUACCUUGCCAAUUCAAUAUAAGGUAGAUCUUACCUUGUCGGCUUAACUGCUUGACAUCACUUUGGAGAUACCAAAUACCCGAACCACCGCCACACAACCGACAUUGAAUAACUUCUCAAAGUCAUCUAUUUUGCUGCCCUCAGCUCCGCGUUUAGCUCCACGUUCGGUCAGUCUGUUUACUUACAGAAAUGAGCAGGAAGAGCUUGACUCUGAUUGGCUGUUGUCACCAACAUUUCCGCUAUGUUUGAUCGAGUAAAUAUGCUCACAGCUGAUCACCGUGAUCAAACUGAUAUUUAUCACGAUCAUAUAAUCGCCCAGUCCUACUUUAGAUUUCGCUUCUCUACAUUAAGACAAAACAUUCAAAGUCCAGUAUUCUGACAGGGACGAAGGAUAGUCUAGCCACAAAAAAGCAAAAUAAAAAAAAAAGUUAUAAAAAAAAACAUAAAUAAGAAAUUACCAACAAAGAUUAAACUAUGUUCAAAGUUGUUGUUUUUUUUAUACAUAGUCUAUGGAUAUCAUGAGCUGCAACAGGUCUAAGCUGUGAAAAAAAGAAACAUGGUCUCCCAUUUUCCUGUCGAUACGAGAGCCUCUAACUGUCGAAACGUCUAAUGCAUGGAUGCCAGAGACAGACUUAUUUCAUGCAUUAGUUGAGAGAGUGACCACCCUUAAAUACUAUUAUUAUGUGGGUUGUUGUGUGGUCUGAGACGAAGCAGAGCUGCAUCCUGAAUAGUGCUUUAGGGACUUGUGAUCAAAUGCAUCACACUUUGUGGGUGAAUCCAAUGGCUCUGGGCAGGAAAGAAGUCUGGGUGCCAAAAGCAAAUUUAAUUGUUGCCCAGUUGAUAUUCUGGGUGAAAACUCUACUGUAUUCUGUAUUUUUGUAUAAAUGUAAAGAAACAUAUAUGAGAUAUGAAUAAAGUAUCCACGUAUCCAACCGUUAUUCGCCGCUGUCUUUGUUGUUCGGCUUCCGUGCGUCUUUGGCCACACCGAGGCUAUCAGCAGGCAAUCACAGUCACAGCACAUUCACUUUACAAACAUUUGCUUUGGGCAAAAUAGUUUAACUGCAGACAUGUGGGGAUGACUGUAAUUACCCACAUGCCCCAGGAAAGUUAUCUACAAGUUUCAAACUGUUUGUAGCAAUUUGAAGACAAAACCAGUUUAACCAGUAGUGGCCUGAAGCAUUUUUGAGUUUCUGGCUUUUUAGAACUACAUUUUUUAAAAGCGUCAAUACUUUUGAACUUUUUGUCUUGUGAAUUUAGCACCUUUAGUCUCAUUUUGAAAACACUGCUACAAUGGAAUAAGAUGAUUUACCUUAUCUAGUUUUGUCAACUAAAUUUCACACUUUUAGCUCCAAGUGUAAGAAGGAGUUUUACUAUAUGUCCAUAAAACAGUCACCCUGUUAGCUCCAUUAAGACCCUGUUUUGAUCAAACAACAACACCACAGGAAGUGUUCAGAUCUGAGCUUUCUUGAACCACUUAUACAGUCAAGCAUAACCACGAGUAAAUUACUGCUUUUACACAGCAUUACUUUUAUCCAGGGUAAACUCACUCAAACUGUGAUUCUGUGUCAGAUUACAUGUACUCGGUGCACUGAAAGGCAAAGAUGGUAACUCUCACUGAUUUAAAAAGAUAGAAAUUAAAAUUUUGUUGAUCAGUUGAAACAAAUAUGUACGAACGAGGAUCAGGGCCACGAGAAGAAAAAAACAAAUAAUUACAGGAGGGAGAUUUUUUUUAAUUUCCAUUUCAAGAUUAAAGUCGAAGUUUAGAGAUUAAAGUGAAAAUUUUAAAGAGUUGGAAUUUCAAUUUAAUUCAAGUCAACUUUAAUCUCAAAAUUUUAAUUUUUUAAAUCUUGAAAUUACAACAUUAUUUACAACAUUUCAACAUUUUGUAGCCUCCAAAUUUCGAUGUUAUUGACAUAAUUUAAAAAUUUUUUAAUUGCGAAAUUUUAAUUUAAAUCUCCUUCCUAUAAUAUUUUUUUUUCUCAUGUGGCCCUAAUCCUCUUUUGUAAAUAUGAGAUGAAAUCAUUAUACAUUUAGCUAAAAAUUUAUUCAAAUGCUAACUUAAUACAGACAUAAAUCAUGCGAAAUAUGUCAAUAUUUCAAAACCUCACAGUACAAUAUUGUCACUGUAUUAAGGUAUUAUUGCAGUAUUUAUUCUUCUCGUAGUUACUAUAAAAUGCCUUGCUUGCUUCGUGGUUUGGCGUCAGGAAUCUUUGGCUUCUCAUAUUAUUUGCGUUUAGACUUACAGACAAUCGCAGUCCAGUUUUUUGCAUGUCCUUCAUCUUUUCUCCUUGUGGCGGGAGCACUCAAAGUUCUUGUUGCAUGCCACGUUAUUGUCGUGAGAUUUGAAACCAAAAUACCGCGUUAUUUACAAUACCGUUACAUCCCUAAUCAAAAGUGUUGCCGUCUCCUUUGGUUUCCCAUUUUAUUAUCAUUUUAAAACUAUAUGGAUGUUCAUUAUAUGCCUGUCAUGGUCUCCUUGUACAAUUUAAUUGUGCUACUUGAGAAGCUUUGAUAUGAUUAGAUACUGAUACUUCACAUUAGUCCGUCACUAUCAGCAUCAGCUCAGUUCAUUCACACGAUUAUGUUGCUCAGCCUUUGACCAGGAACUUCCAUAAAGUAUGUUAUCAACUGUUUUGUGUUUACCAAGGAUAUACAUCACACUGACUAAUGUAGUGAUUUCAUCUCUGCUAUCAGAGAACAACAGGAAGGCGGUGAAAUGACUAUUGUUCAUAGACAUGUUACAAUGAAUGUGCAAUUGUGGGAAUGUGAAUAAGCAUACUGAAGCAUGACUACAUUUGCUGCCAGACACUUAAGAUAAGCAAGUCAACUGACCUCAGCCAGUGACAUGAAAAUGAACAUCUGAGGCUAGACGUGUUCCCAGGAGCAGACUGUGUUUUUUGAUCAUUUCAGGCUUGUUUGGGUAAAUCCCCCGGAACAAACGACCAGCUCAACGUGCGCUCCUUUGAUUUGGAUGUUUUAUUCGAUUGGUAUUUGUGCCGCUAUCAAUUUGUGUUUCAUGUUGACCACAGGUUUUUUCCCCCUGUGCCACGAGAAUAAGCUCAGGACAGGUCUGAACUUGUGACGGUGCUUAUGAUCACAGAUUCGUCAGAGCAAUUGCCUAAAUAGAAAACAUGUUUCAAAAAGUCACAAUUUAAAUGCAAAAUGACAUUUCAUAUGAAUAACGAAUGCUAACAGGAAAUGCCCUGCGUCCCCAGACAGCCUCAGUGAUAGUACUCCCUUCUUUUUCAUAAGCGUGGCCUUGAGGACUCUGCUGACACCAACUUUCAAAUCCUCACUGAUUUCUACCUCCAGUAAGGAGCUUCAGCUUUUCCAGUCUUACCCUCAGACAACCCUCAGCUGCACAAACUGAUAGAGGACGCACAUUUAGCAACCAGAACUGUGUGUUGUUGUUGUUGUGUUGUUUGUGAAUGUAAGCCAGCUGAACUUGGGUCACAAUGUGCUGGCUCAGUGUGAGAGUACUGUUGAUUGAUCAGUCCCUAAUGUACCCAUGAAUGCAAUAAAGAUAUGUGUAUUAAGAAGGGGGUUGUUUUUUAAUUUUGACAAAUGUGUUUUCAGUUGCGCUUUAUCUCUGGCGCAGAUGAAUAUCAAAGUGUUUCUCCAACCAGUCUGGGUUCAGCUUACAGUUCUGCAAACAGCAUAUAUCUGACAAAAUGUGGGUUGAGCAGGGUCAUGUUGGAAAGAGAUUUAACUGUGGGUCCAUAAAUAGCAUAAAGUGUAUCUGUGGAGUGUUAGCUGCAGCUCAAAAGCCCUCACAAAGAAAUAAUCAAGCCCAUAAGGAAAAAAAAAACUUCUGCAGGAGUGACAAGCAGCUCAUCAGUGUUGUUCUAGUUCACUCAACAGUAUAUCAAGAUACUGUGCAACAAAGAGGAUUAGCUCUUGUGCUACUAACAGAGUCUGUGCCUUCAUUUGAACUCUUAUGCCCUGUGCUCUGUGUUUCCCAAAGUCCCUCAGUCAUCAUCUUCUCUAAAUGAGAACGUUUUACCUGUAAAAUAACGUUCUACAUCCUCCGACAUGUCUUCCUCGUUUCAAUACAGCCAAAACCUGACGAAGUUGAACUUUCUUACCCCAAAUUUCCACCGCAUUUGGAACAGCACGAUUUUCAUUGUCCGCCAGUUCCUACCGCAUGCGUUUGUGAGGCGACAGCGGGAAUCCCGAAAGCUCACAAGAACCGGUAAAUUCACAUGCAAUCACACAAUAACGAGUUGUCUCUAUAAAGACAUCCACAUAACCAUAUAAGCAGUAGAUUGUGUCCUUCCAGAGAAUUAACCAUGGGUAAGUGCAAUAUUCAUCUUUAUCUACAAAACAAACCACCUUUGCAUGUUGUAAAGCAGAGGUCCCCAACCACCGGGCCCCGGACAGGUACAGGUCCGUAGAUUAAUUAGUACUGGGCCGCAAAAAAAAAUUACGAUGAUUAAAUGAUUUUUUUUCUUUUCAUCCGUUCUCCCAGUACCUUAUUUUAAAAGACCACCACUUCCGCCAUCGACUCACUUCUGCGCUUGACUCUUCGGCACGUCGUUUUCCUGCAUCAGCAACACAAGCUAGCUCUUCCAAAAAUGCCAGAAACAGA